AUGGAAGCUUUCGCCUCCUCUGCUCAGGGCCCCUGGACGAUUUGCGGUGACCUUAAUGUGGUCAGUGAUGCUACCGAACACAGGUUUGAUGUUGCCAGCUCGCGGGAGUUUGUGGAAGCCAUUAAUAGGGUGGGUCUUCAGGAUGCAGGAUUUCGGGGCAACGGAUUCACUUGGUCCAAUAAUCAAACUGGAGUGUCCAGGGGCCGAAACCAUUUAGAAUCCAAAGCAGCCUCGUCCCUGGCUGAUCUCGAGGAUUCUUAUCAGAAUAGGAACGUGAAGCCUACUGUAGGUGACAUCCACAAUGAGAUUGCUCAAGCCAGAUCUCGGCUUGCUCAUUUGGAGCUCAUGGAGGAAUCCUUCUGGAAGCAAAAAGCCAGAAACAACUGGCUCCAUGUGGGGGACAAGAAUACGGGGCAGACUGUUACAUCCCAGGAGGAUAUCGGAAACAGUGCAGCAAGAUUCUUCCAUUCCCUCUUCUCUGCAGGGGCUGUCGAUCAGGGAAAUGAUCUUCUCGACGUCAUCCCGACUGUUGUCUCCGACGUGGACAAUGGUGUCCCUCUUCCUAGGGCCAUAACGUCUUCCCUCAUUGCUCUCAUCCCCAAUAAGGAAGCGCCCAAAACCUUCUCUGAUUUUAGGCCCAUUAGCUUAUGCAACGUGCUGUACAAGAUUCUCGCCAAAAUUGUGGCUGACCGUCUGAGCAAGCUAUUGCCUACAUUGAUUUUGUUAGAGCAGGGAGCAUUUGUCCAGGGGCGAUCUAUCACUGAAAACAUUGCUUUGUCACAAGAGCUCCUCCGAGAAAUGAACAGAAAAGUCAGGGGCAGAAACAUCAUCUUGAAGCUAAACAUGGAGAAAGCUUACGAUAGGGUGGAUUGGCUCUUUCUUAAGAGAGUCUUGAAGCGGUUUGGUUUUUCGGCCCCCUAG